CGAAAUAUAUAUAAGUGCAUUAGACAUGUCUUCAAGACAUUUCAACUCUAACUGCAAGUCUUGAAAAGCAAGAAUCUAACGGUAUAACUUGCCAACUACACAAAAGAAACAGUCGUAAGAUCGUGAAAAUGUCAGAUCUCAAGCCCGGUACCAGGUAUAACUCCAACACCUGGGGUGUCGACGCGAAUAAAAACAUCGUUCCGCUUCAACAAGACACCGGCUUAUUCCCUGGCGCCCAUAAAAACUACCUGGUUUACAACAUUGGAAGAACCCCGGUGUACGCGGAACUGAAAUAUGGAACGAAAGUGAUGUGGCAUGGGGUUGCAGACAAAGGAACCAUAGCCCCUGGCGAAAAAAAGAUACUCAAAAACUGGGGAAAAUCUUACUAUGUUACAGGGUUGCAAGUUUUUAACAAGACAGGCAUUAGGGCAAUAGUCCACUGCGCUACCGAGGACGAUGAAUACCGCCUGUACGCUGACAAAGAAACAGGCGCUUUCGAUGAAAUUAUGUACAAGUUGUUAAAAGAAAUCUUCGUGCAAGGCCUGAAACUAGUACCGCGUGUAGGCUCCGGUUUAGCGGGUAUAGUCAAUCAGUUCUGGCCUAAAAACGAGCCCAGUGUAUGGGACCAGAUCCAGGACAAGGUAAAGGCUUUAGUGGACGAGAAGAUACUGCAUACCAUCAGCGGGAUACUGAGCGGAGACCUCAGAUAUUACCGGGAGAGAAUUACUACGCUUUCGGAGGAAAUAGAAAGCGGAAGUAAUCCAAACGAUAUAAGAAUUCACUACAUGAACAUCGCCCAGGAUAUGGUCGGCUUCGAAAACAAAUUCAAGUUCACAAGCGACACACCAAAUUACCAGGACGUCAACCAAUAUAUUCUUCCCCAUUUCUCGGCGUUCAUUUUGUUGAAGAUCUCGUUCUAUGUAAUAGGCAUCCGUGACUCAGCAGCCAUCGGUCUUACCGAAGAGAAUGUAAAAAGUAUAACCUCCUACGCGAAUAAGACCGUCUUCGGAGACAACGGCGCCAACAAGUACAUCACUGAGUUGUACAAAGACAGAGUAGACAACGCGUACAGCACCUGGUACUCUGAGGACUUGUACAACGACAUGAUGAACGUGAGGACGUACAUAUCCACGCAAGGUCUCGAGUACAUGGUACUUUGGAACCACAUGAUUAACAACCCUCAACAAGCCGACCAAAACCCGUACAACGACGUAAUCUCCUACUCGACUUUCUACGGAAGGCAGACUCCGAAUCUCAUCCACGAAGCCACUCCCGAAGAUCUUAUUCCGCCGCUUACUCCGAAAUUAAUAAAUGGAAGGCGCAACAAGGUGUCUUAUAUUGACUUUUUCAUAUGGCGGAUGAACAAAGGAGAGGGAGAGCCCAAGAUCGGGGGACUGAGAAUGUAUUUCGAAAACGGAGACAGCUACACUAGAGGCACCGUGACGAAGGAAAUUCGGAAAAUUCAGUUUGGGGGAUCUACUCUCAUCAAGUUGGAAGUGCACGGACGUGGAGCGUUGGAUUUCUUUGUAUUUUACUUUUCUGAUGGGAGGAAAGAAACCUGCGGAACCAAAGAAUAUCACGAGUAUCACACCGUCUUCGAGAUGAAAGAUCACCAUAUAGUCGCCAUUUUUAUAGCAUCGGAUAAUUACAGUCUUGGUGGACAAGCUGCCAAUGUUUCUGUUGCGUAUCAGUUAAAUGAGGAUAUUUCCCUCGGAACAAAUUAAGAUGUUCUGGAAAUUCACUAAAUUGUUGUUUAUAUGCUCUGGAAAUUCACUAAAUUGUUGUUUAUAUUUUAGUAAUAAAGGCAUUAAAAAAAA